ACAAGAGACGUGAAGGGAUGAGGCGGCGGCGAUGGCGGGCCUCGGUCCCGGGUGAGGAGACGACGAAGGAGACGACGAAGGAGAGGAAGGAGAAGCGGGCCCGGAGCCGCCCCUGAGCCCUUUUUCCCUCCCGGGCCUGGGUGCCAGGCCCCCCCCCCCCGCCAUGAACCUCGCCAGUCAGAGCGGGGAAGCCGGUUCCAACCAGCUCCUCUUCGCCAACUUCAACCAGGACAACACGUCCCUAGCUGUUGGUAGUAAAUCCGGUUACAAAUUCUUCUCCCUUUCUUCUGUGGAUAAGCUGGAACAGAUCUAUGAAUGCACUGAUACAGAAGAUGUCUGCAUUGUGGAGAGACUUUUUUCAAGCAGCUUGGUGGCCAUUGUUAGUCUCAAAGCCCCAAGGAAGUUGAAAGUUUGCCACUUUAAGAAGGGGACUGAGAUCUGCAACUACAGCUAUUCCAAUACAAUAUUGGCAGUCAAACUGAAUAGGCAGAGGUUAAUAGUGUGCCUAGAAGAAUCUCUUUAUAUACACAAUAUUCGGGACAUGAAGGUACUGCAUACCAUCAGGGAGACACCCCCUAAUCCUGCAGGCUUGUGUGCACUGUCGAUAAACAAUGACAAUUGUUACUUGGCCUAUCCAGGGAGCGCAACCAUCGGAGAAGUGCAAGUCUUUGACACCAUUAAUUUGAGGGCUGCUAAUAUGAUCCCGGCUCAUGACAGUCCUCUAGCAGCCUUGGCCUUUGAUGCAAAUGGCACCAAACUUGCCACUGCUUCAGAAAAGGGGACUGUGAUUAGAGUAUUUUCCAUACCAGAAGGACAGAAACUCUUUGAGUUCCGAAGAGGAGUAAAGAGGUGUGUAAGCAUAUGUUCCCUGGCCUUCAGCAUGGAUGGCAUGUUCCUCUCUGCAUCCAGUAACACUGAAACUGUGCACAUCUUCAAACUCGAGACUGUGAAAGAAAAACCUCAGGAGGAACCCACUACCUGGACUGGUUAUUUUGGAAAAGUUCUUAUGGCCUCUACCAGCUACUUACCCUCUCAAGUAACAGAAAUGUUUAAUCAGGGUAGAGCUUUUGCUACGGUCCGUUUACCAUUCUGUGGUCACAAAAACAUCUGCGCUCUUGCCACAAUUCAGAAGAUUCCCCGAUUGCUUGUGGGGGCAUCUGAUGGGUACCUUUAUAUGUACAAUCUGGAUCCCCAGGAAGGAGGCGAGUGCACAUUGAUGAAGCAACACAAGUUAGAUGGCAGUAUGGAGCCAGCUAAUGAAAUCUUAGAGUCUGCAUCACACGACCGUCCUCUAGUAGCUCAGACCUAUAGUGCUGCUGUAACAAAAGGUACUUACGUGCCUUCAUCACCCACAAGACAUGCCUACACAGAUGACCUGGGGGCAGUAGGUGGUGCUUGUCUGGAAGAUGAAACCAAUGCCCUGCGAUUGGAUGAAGAUAAUGAAGAUAAUGAGCAUCCUCCCAUGAUUCUUCGGACUGACUGAAUUUUGACCUGUGAACUUUAACCCCUGGAAGCAGAGAACACUGGCUUGACACUUCUUUGAGGACUCUUGUGUUUUUGCUGCUAUGAAUUUUGGUUGAAUUAGGGAGAGGAUGGCAGAGACUUCAAUUUUUUAAAAAAGUCAUAGCUGUAGUCUCAUUCUAUACUAUGGAAAAAAAUAUAUUUUCAUUUCAGUGGCUUUUAAUCUUGCAUAUCGAUUUUAGCUCUUUUGUUUAUUUGGUUUUUGUUCAUUUCUUGCCAAAAUCAACUCUUUGCUGAAAGCCCUCAAAUCCUCCUCGCUUUGCAUGCAUUCAUGAGAUUCGUUCAUGUGCCAAGCUAGCAUAGGAGACAUAGAAGCCACUUUAUAACCAACUUGAGUUUGUAAUUUUUUUAUAUAUGUAUAUAAUAGUAAGCAUAUAUAAGGAAAGUGUGAAGAAGUGGUUUUGAUUACUGAGGCUAGUCCUGCACUGACAAAGGUCCAAAAAGUUUCUCGUGCAUGGGCUUACAGGGCGUGCUUAGUGACUGACAUGUGACCUUUGAGUUUCGACCCCCUUUCUUCAGAUCCCCAUUCAUGGACCAUUUUUUUUUUUUGUUCUUGUUUUGUUAAUUAAAUUCCUUCUGAAUGUCGCUUGAUUGUGGGAUUUUUUUUUCUGUGGUGGCUUUAUAUUUAUUUUAUUUUUUACUGGUCCUAGUAGGAAUUGGUUAGGGGAGGUUUGUUCCCAGAUUGGGAGUGUUUUCCCCUCUACCAGUGAAUAAAACAUCUGGGCAAACGAAUGCAA